AUGGAAUUAUUAGUUGGUGGUACAAUUUUAGGUGCAUUAACAUAUGCAUAUAGUUCAUUAAAAAGAACUAUUCCAGAAGGUGCUCAUGCAUGUUCACCAUUUUAUCCAGAGAAAUAUGUUGGAAAAUGGUAUGAAAUCGCUCGUUUAGAUUUUUAUUAUGAAAGAGAUAUGAAUAAUGUUAGUGCAGAGUAUACAUUAAAUAAAGAUGGUACAAUUAGUGUUAUUAAUAGUGGUUAUAAUUAUGUUGAAAAGAAGAGAGAAUCAGUAAAUGGAAAGGCUUUAUUUGUACAUGGUUCAGAUGAAGCAAUGUUAAAAGUUUCCUUUUUUGGUCCAUUUUAUGCUGGUUACAAUGUUAUUGCAAUUGAUCCUGAUUAUAAAUAUGCAUUGGUUGCCGGUAGAAGUUUAGAUUAUUUAUGGAUACUCUCAAGAGAAACUUCAAUUCCAGAUCAUAUUAAAAAACAAUAUUUAGAAUUAGCUGAAUCAAUUGGUUAUAAUACUUCAAAAUUAAUUUGGACUGAACAUGAUAAUAUUAAUAAUAAAAAGGAUUAA